GCCACUCGUUCCCCUCCUUUGUCUUUGACUCCCAUGUCUCUGUGACUGCUUGGUUAUUCAAUUCUUGCUCUAUCAUAUUGUUUCAAACCACGUCAAACAGACGCGACAUAUCAAGCGUUCAUCUCUGCUGAGCGACCGCAGUGCAAAGCAUUUACAUCGCUAGAACGCUUGGGAAUUCGCGUUUGUUGGUCUUGAAAGGGAUCCUUCAAGGUGUGUGUAUGCGCUUUGACCUAUCAGCCAUCAACAGAGUCGUACCGUACCAGACCCAUGCGCACCCGCCGGCGCCCUGCGUUGCAGGACAAGACGCCGGGGAACACGCCCCAGUCUCACCACUCGAACGCGUCGAAGGCCCUCUUCAGCGAACCCCGAAAGCCUCUUGGCGCGCUCCCCAUUGCUCCUGAAGUUGUCCCAGUCGUCUCCGAUGAGAAUGGCAACCUGCGUUCUGUCCCCCCUUCCCCGCAUCCACACCAUGUUCGCAGAGUCCCACAACCGCCACCAGAGCCCUUGGAGGAGACUGGUUCUGAGGUGAGCGCGCCUCCAACACCGACGCCAGCGCGUAUCCGGAGGCCAGGAGCACAACCGUCCGACAUGCCUCGCUACUCGUACGACAUGCGGUCGGACGCCGUGCGCCACUCUGACAUUCUCUCUGCGGCUAUGCUACCUGUGCGCGCGGGCUCAGAGCGGGAGCCCCUCGCAUAUGGGGCGAGCUCAGAUUCUUCCGCUGGACCAAGCCCGUCCCCCGUUAAGACAGCGACACGGCCCCUCACCAACCGCCGCCCCAUCGCUCCGCCGACGUUUCGCCCGCUCGCGGACUCCGCCCCCAGCCCUCUCCCCACGAAACACGUCCGUCUUUCGAGCUCAUCCCGCCCCUCCGGCGGGUUUGUGCUCCCGCCGCCGCCGGUCUUCGGGUUCGAACACCGCACGCCAUCCUUCGUGCCGCCGACUCCGAAGCCGAGGCAUGUCAAGACGCUCCUCCGCCCCGCCAACGAGGACGAUGGUGUCCUCGCAAGCCCUACGCCCAUCAAAUCCGGACUCGGACCGCUCCCGGCGCAGAGCACGCCUGCCCCGCUUCGUAAGCGGAGACCUCGGCUCCCGCUGAACAAGAUGCCUGUGCGUGCGCCGGAGCCACAGAUGCCGGUCGCGGGGAGCUCGAAAGCAAAGGGGAAACAGCGCGCCAGGGAGGAAUCCCUCCCGCCGAGCUCGCCGCCUCCGCCCUCACCCCUUGGCUCGCGUGGCCCCAUUCCGUUCGCGGUGCGUGAGGACCUCAUGGCCGAGCUGGAAGAUGACGAGCCGCUUGAGCCCGAGGACAAGGAGAACAUGGGUAUGGGUAUAGGCGCAGAAAUCGGCAUGGGCGUCGCUACUGACUCCAGCGUUGGCGCGGUGCCCCUGCAGAAGCAACGGAGCAGGAGCUCAGAGGACGACCUGUUCGGGUUCAUCGCGGCGGAGCGCAAGCUCAAGGCCCUCCGGCGAGACAUGAGUAAGGCUCCCGCGCCGCGCCGCGCGCCCCUCGGUACGCUCGUCGUUUCGCGUCGCACGCCCUCCCCCUCGCCCGAGCCCACUCCCGGGCCGUCCACGGUGCCGCUCCAGCUGCCCACGCCCGAUGGUGGCUCCGAGGCGGACUCGAACUCCGGCGACCACAGGUUCCUCGCGUUGGACAGCCCUCGCUUGGAGCGCGACACCCCUGCACCAGAGCUGCCCGACCCUGGGCCGGGCGAGAGCGACCCCGUCGUCCAGCCCGCGUAUGACAACGGCUCCGACGUGCUCUCGUACGCCGACCCCGAUGAGGUGUACGAGCACGAGGUGUACGAAGACGAAGAAGAGGACAAGGAGAAUGCCGCCCCUCGUCCCCUUCCCCUUGCUCCCGACCCCCCCGAGCCUGCCCUCCCGGAUCCGGGCGCGCAAAGCGAGUCUGCGUCCGCCCCUGGCUCGCCAGAGGUCGACCCGACGCGCACGCCGCGCAAACCGAAGAGUACGCGCAAGCGGAGCCCUCUGCCGACGCCGCACUUUGAGGGCGAGAGCUCGGAGUCGGAGGUGGGCGAGGACACGCCGAGCCGGAGCAUGGGCCCCGCGGAGUUGCUGGACCUGACGAGCUCCGUGCCUGCGACGUUCAGACUUCGGAGAGGCGUCGAUGCGGAAGACAAGAUGGUCGAUGUCGAGGACGAGGGUAAGGAGCAGGGUGAAGAGGAGGCCCAGGGGAGCGAGCGCGAGGAGUCGGUCCCCAAGCUGAAGAAGCCCGCGACGAGGAAGCGCGGGCGUGGGCAGAAUGAGGAAGGCGAGGAUCCGGCGAAGGCGGCGAAGAAUCUUGAGAGGCUCCUCCCUAGGAGACCCCCGAAACGCGCGAAGCCUGCGUCCGACGACGAGUCUGAGAGCUCUGAGCCUCCCGCGAAGCGUGCGCGUGGACGCGGGAGAGGAAGGGGUCGUGGACGCGCGCGCGGAGCGACUGGUAGGGGUCGUGGACGUGGACGUGGAGGGGCGAAGGCACACGCUGAGGACGUUCCGAGCGAGGAGAGCGGGUCGGAGAGUGAGGAUGAGGAAGAAGAAGCGAAAGCCAGGAGCAGUGCCAGUCGCGGUGGGGUUGCGAGAGGACGAGGCGCUUCUAGGGGAAGAGGAAGAGCCCGCGGGAGGGGCAUAUCCACGAGCAGCCGUCCGCCGUCGAGCAGCACCCGUGUAACGCGGUCUCGCUCACAGAAGCCCGCGAGCAAGCCGGAUAGCAAGGGCAAGAAACGCGCUAGGGACGAGGACGAGGAGAUCGAUAUUGAGGAGGACGAGGAGCGUGCCCGAUCACGUCAGGCGCGGAUCGAGUACUUCCGGAAGCUCGAGGAGUACAGCCUGGAGAAGGAGGACGUCUAUGUGAUAUGACUUCUAUGACACAUGCGGUCCGGGUCUAUCGAUUGAUUAUGGUUUUCAUGUGCAUUCGUUUCCUUAUGGUGGCGCGUCUGUUGUCCUGAUUUUUCUCUAUGCAGGACGAUGGGACGAUGGGCCUUGGUUGUAGCCCGAUAUACGAGUUGUACAAGUAGAAGAUGUGUAUCGUACCCUGACUACUUCUGAUUGCAUAAUGACCAUGAGUAUUUCCUUACGUGUGUUGUCGCAUUGCUGAAAGCU